CAUUUUUAUUUAUUCUCAGACCCGCCCACAAUUCAAAAUGUCACCACGUCAUCUAAGAAGUCUUGGAUUGGCCAGACAGUGACUCUGAAGUGUCUUUCUGAUGGUGUUCCUACACCAACGAUCUCAUGGUACAAACCUGAAGGAAGUGAAAUAAACAGAGUCAGAGCCAGAGAAAACAAAGUACAAGUGCCACUCAGGGGUGAUCAUGAUUUUGGUAAUUACAAGUGCAUUGCUGCCAAUGUACUUACUCCAUCUGAUGAGAAAUUAAUAAAGAUAAAUCAGAUAAGUAAGUAAAAAAAAUCAGUGUAUUUUGAUAAGAAGAAAACUAUACAUAAGGUCAGCAUUUUCUUUUGCCUUUGCUCAUUAUCACUGUUUCAGUUGCAGUAGAAGUAAAAGCCAAAUGUUCUUACAAAGUAUUGGACAGACUGACUUAUUCACUUUAUACAUCUCAUUCGAUGAUUUAACAUGUAAUACGUGCGGAUUUUUCGCAAGGCCCAUAGGUGUGUGGAAAAAUAUAAGCCUAUGUUAAACCAUCGAGUAAGAGAUUCAUUAUUCCACUAUUCUUUCAUUCUCUAACAAUUUGGCCGUUUAUUUUUUGACAUACAUCCUACGGCCUUAUCUGAGCGUUCUGUUCGCUUCUUUCCUCUCUUCAGCAGCGUUACACCUCAUAUUUUUCGUUUUCGUUAUCCCAAUGAGGUAUAAAGGCGUGAUAGUGGAAUUUUGCCGGAUAUAGUUGGCCUGAUCUUUUAGUGGAAAAUGCACCCAUAUUUGUUUAAAAUAUUUAAAGUAAACUGUCGACACCUUGCCCUUUGGUAGCAUUAAACGCGUUACCAAAGAGCGUUGAACUUCAGGCAGAUUGAUGACAUCCUCCCAUGCGAGUAUCCAUAGGAAACUUCCUCAACCAUGGAUACCUAAUUUUUCCUCUUUUUAUUAGGCUCUUGGCUCAAUUUAUCCGGUAGCUACGUGUAUAUUCAUUAAAAUGUGAUAAUACAUGGACUUGUAUUCAUCCUAAGUAUUGUGACAAAACUCAUAAUGAGGUAAUCACCCCAAAAAAUUUUUCCUUUUAUUAUUAUUAGUUUUUUUUUGCUCAACAUGGUCUCUUUUUUAUGGUAAUAUGUAGAGAAACCAGGGAAAGCAUCCAUCCAUUCAUCAGAAUCAGUCAUUCAAGCAACUUUUAUAACAAUAAGAUGGACUGCACCAGCUGAUGAUGGAGGAAGUCCGAUUACAGGAUACCGAAUGAUCUUACUAAAGGGUGAAACUGAGGUAGAAAAGGGUGAUAUCACCGAUCCUGGGACGACACAUUAUUCGUUUCGUAAGUUGGAGAGAGAUACCAACUACACGGUGAAACUGUUUUCCAGAAAUUUUGUAUUCGAGGGAGAUCCUACUGUAGGGACGAUUAAGACCAAGUUUGAAGGUGAGGAAUCACAAUUGAUGACUGAGCACUUUACACCAAUCAUUUUGCUGCCAACUUAGAUUUUUUGUGAGUGGUCCCAAUUUAACAUUGUUAUCUGCUCGCCACAUUACAAGAUUUUUUAUUUUAAGUGUUUGUCCCCUCCUUAGUGGCCAGUUUCCUUUCCCUUUCCAAUAGUUAUUUGUGAGGUACUUACGUUUGAAGAAGCAUAAUAAUAAAUAAAUAACAGGUGAGCGUAGGUGAGACCAACAGACAACCUACGCGGUUACGUUCCGUAAAUACGACCUGUUUUAUUAAGUAAUAUUUGCCUUUACCUUUUUUUGAUGUUCACGUUUCAUAACUUGUUGGUAUAAAUCAACAACAACAACAGCCGCUAAAUAGUGACCUUUGAGUUGGUUGAAUGCAGUUUUCCUAAACUCUUACCGGCUAUAUUCGGAACGCCCAGUAACCAACUAUCCCUUUUGACAGUGAGACGACUUUCACACAUCGGUUGACCAAAUAAUUAAAGUUUGAGGUAAUGGGCCUUUCAUGAAAAACGCUUUUAAUAUGCCAAUCUUAUGGGGAAGUGUCGUCAAACAGUUUGUGGACGGUCUCAAAGAAUCCUCCGUAUAUUUUCUUAAAGAUAAGAAAAGUACAAGCGAGGAAAACAGAGUGAAAGAAGUCAAGCUAUGAGCUGUAACCUGAUGAAAUAGGAAAAAUUACGACGCACGAAAAAAGUUUGUGAUAGGUAUUAAAAAAGCUAAAUCACGAAAUUAAACCUCUUGCUUAUAAUGAAGGUGAAUGGAUACCGUUUACUGAAAUACCUGCCCGCUAUAUUCAAAGCACUUAAAAAGAAUCAAACCUCCUUAGGUCCUAUAGCUAUCAGAAUUUACUACUUCAUUUAUUGCCAUUUUGUGCGCACUUCGGCACACUUACCGUGCUAAACAUUCAAUUGUUUUACACGUGUAGUACUUCUUGUGUAAAGGCCAGGUUUGGUUUGUUUCAAAACUAUGUCACCGACUUACAAAUAAGCAGUAUUAGCGCCAAUUCCAGUCGGUGAUACCGUCAGUAAAAUUAUAUUCCUCAGUAUAUAUUGUCAAUCGAGGCAAAAUGGCGGCAUUUUCAAGACUCCCAUAGCUUGUUUUGAUUUCGCAGGAGUAAGCCCAAACCAAAACAAUUAAGUUGCUGUUUUCAGGAAGGUUUCUUUUUAACUUCAUCCGGCACAUAUCUCACUCAAAAAAAAAGUAUUGUGCUAACAGGUGUGAAUUUAUUAACUGAAGUUGAGCAGCCGUAAUAUGGCUACGAAGUUCGUCGCACCUGUAAUUGCUUUAGCGCUUCUUGUCAUCACCUCCUCAGUGGGCAAAGCCCCUGGAAAAAAGGGCUUGUUGUCUCGGUGAAAAAACCCGCGUUAGUUUAUGUUUGCAGUCGAAAAAUAGUAGCCCUGGACGCUCAAAUGACUCGAGAGGCGGAGCAUGCGCACUCAAUUUCCCGCUGUGUCAUUGCCAAGUGCCUGUACUAAGUCAUGCGCGAUGUCAAACUUUGAAAAGCAGAAUAUAGUUGUACACGAACUGAGUUUCUUUCUGUAAUUACGUGACACAAAUGAAUGGCGAAUUGCUACGUCAUCUAUGCAUCAGUCCUUCAUUUGAUCAUAUGUAAGUAGCUACUGAAUGGCAGUAGAGGUCAAUUUAUCAUUCAAAUUCAUCUUGUAAAUGUAGUAUUUGUUUUAAGUUACAACCGACUAUCAUUUUAGGCUUCUCGUUAUUACUUUUUGUCCUUUCAAAUUAUUUUGAAUUCAUCUCAGUACUUAACCUAAUUUUGCUUGCCAUACACUUUCGUUUCAAAAAUAUCCCAAAUAAAUCCUCGACAAUUUACAUAUUAUUUAAUCACUGAUAAUGAUUGUGACCAGAUUUGUAACAAGAAGUUGUAUAAUUAUUAGCAACUUCACGCUGUUCGUGUCUUUGACAUCAAUCUAGGAGCCCCAGAUGUGGUCGAAAUAGACGAACUGCCGGGUGAAACAACGGAAGAUACAAUUACCUUAAAGUGGAAGGAGCCAGAAAGUAAUGGAAAAGAUAUUAUCAUGUAUAUAGUGUACCAAAGAGUAGUGACUGAUGGAAAAGUGGGACAGUGGAAAAUAAUAGAGAACAUCAGCAAAGUUUCUGUGAGAGAAUUGAAAAUAACGUUGGAGAGAGGAAAGGUGUAUCAGUUUGCCGUUACUGCAACUAAUGAGCUUGGUGAAAGCCUUAAACAAGAGGAAAAAAACAUCCAGCAAGUCAAGGCGGAGAGAAGUAUGUUCAAAUAAAUCUUAUUAGUUUAUCAUUUUCUUCACUUUUUUCAAGCACUCUCCGUGUCAUCAACAUCGAGGUUUUUACGGGUGAAUUCUUCGCUUGCAAGAACCUAAAUCAAUGAGAAAAUAUCACUUAACGUCGCAGUUGGUCUUUGUGUGCUAACUAGAGGUCCACUGGCUGAUGAACGAGAACUUGUUUUGCAAUGGUUUUUGCCACUACAUUUCAAUUAACAAGUUAAUUUGUGAACAUAUUCUUUUUAAACUUAAUUCAAUUUUUUCUUCGGUCAAUUCCGCAAAUGGUUCCCAUUUUUGAAAGGCAUUUAGGAAAUAAGUUUACAUAGAUCAUAUGUUAGGUCUCUUGCAAGAAGUUAUUGGGAUGCUUGGUCAUUGUUUUAUAUAACUAUAGCCUGGAAUUACAAUGAAGUAACCAAUAAUAAAAAAUCGAAUACUUUCCAACCUAAAGUAAACCCAAGAAAGAAUUACAGCGUCAAGCUAUUUACGCCUUGUAAAGAGUUCAAUUUUCUAAUUUUUUUGUUUUAUGUAGAACAAAGUCCCACCAAGGAAUCCCAGAGUUCUACAGAUAAUGAAAUGGACACUGCAAUAUACGCUGGAGCAGCUGCGGCCGGUGUUGUGCUUAUUAUUGGUGUAAUCAUAAUCAUUAUUCUGUGGAAACGAAGAAAGGUUUCAAGUCGUGGAAAU